AUGCAGUGAAGAAGACUCAGCCAUGGAUGUCCCCUACAAACGCCCACAACACGUCGGCUAAGAUGCCAUAAACAAAUGCUGUCCCAUGGCUUGGGUGGUGUUGCCAUGUUGUGAUUGACACAGCCUCACAUUUCCACUUUAACCUGAAAGAGAACACGUGCAGAGUGACGCUGACGGCUUGAAAUCAUGGGCCAGUCUUUACAGAAACGUGACCCAGCCAAUCUGUUCCCUGGAGACAUCGUAGAGUAUCGGAGGAACAAAUACUUCUCCCACUUUGCCAUCUAUUACGGGGAGAGGGAUGGUGUUCGCUACGUGGCUCACCUGACAUCUCGAGACUCUGACUCCAAGCUCCCACUCUUUGGGCGGGCCCUACGUUCCGAAGUCAAAUUAGAUCCCAUGGAGCUGCUGGGGAAUAAGUACAAGGUGAACAACAUGCUGGAUGACUCCUUCCCGGCAAGAGAUUUCCACAGUGUCGUGAAACAGGCUAUCGAUGACAUGAUGGGACAGGAAGUGACCUUUGACAUUUUGUUCCACAACAGCGAGCACCAGGCAACACUCUUUAGAUAUGGAGUGAAAAAGUCAGAGCAGAUUGAGAGAAUCUACAAACACAUCAUGCCUGCGUGGGAGAAGCUGUUUAAGGAGAGGAAGCUGUGAAAAUGCUUCAGCUGUACUUUGUAGUUCAGCAGCAUCAAUAUUGAUAAGAUUAAAAAUGAGCUCUCA